GAAAUUUUUGAAUCAUCAUCAAACUGCUGAUGAAAUGGCAAUUCUCGACAAGAAUCCAUCAUAAUUGUCCUUUCAAAGCCGUGUGCAUGCUCAAACUUCGUCAUGAUAAUCUACCAAUAAUUCUCUAUUCGUCGACAUACUUUUCAUCACCCCAAAUGUCCAUUUCACCGAGACCCGCGUCUUUUUCUUCUCUUAACACCCCUGGACAGCUAUGACGGCUACCGCGUCGCUCGAGUCUGCGCCUUCACACGACACCGCAAAUCCCUCCGAUUUAAACGAAACAAACGACCAAACAUCACAACAACAAAUUCCAGAUAUUCCUGAUCCAUCCUUAGAUGCAACAUCCCAAUCAGAGAUUAAAUCCGAGCAGGAGAAUCCCCCCGUAUCCCAAUUGUCUCCAACGAAGCCUGACACAAAUGGAAACAACGCGGAAGAACCUAUUAUUGAACCCCCCGUAAAAAACGGCGAUGGCGGUAUUGAUGAGAGACCUGCUAAACGGCGCCGUGUCCGCGAUGCAACACCCAAUAGCGCAUCCCGUAAACCCAAGCCAGAAUCCCCUCCUUGGAAGAAAAUAGAGGCAGAAGGGCCCACAUCUUUUACUGAAAAUGGCAAACGCAGAUCCGGACGCACAAAUCAGAUACCUUUGGAGUUGCAACCUCUGGGUAACAGGAGAGUUACCAGAGGCGCUCUCCAUAACCUUCAACCUCAGACUCCCGCCAAAGACAAACGAUCUGCACCUAGCAGCCACGUAAAUGGGUCACAAAAGCACGCGUCGACAGGGAAGGGAGCUCCCUCGAAGACUUCCACACCUACGACCAAGCCGAAUACGCGGAAAUCUUUAGCUAACGGCACUACUAACGGCCUGACUCAGGGCUCUAAGUCUUCUUCGAAAACUCGACGAGCCUCACCUACACCUACAGCCCAGAUAACCCCGCCCAGACGCUCUACCAGAAUUAGACGUAAUUCUGGGUCCCUUCGAGACACCGUCGAUACCCCCUCUCGCGAGUCUAAGCAUCCUACUGAUGAUAGCCUCAACCUGCGCCCUACCAAAAUUCGAUUACGUCUAAAGGCCCCUACCAUCCCCACCGUCCAUCCUGCCCAAGUCAAUGUCUUUCCGGGACAAACUAUUGCACGUCCCAAAAUCUCGUCUGAUUUCCGCGAGUUUGUCGAACGUGCGCCAACCGUAGAUGUCAAAGAUGGCGGCUGGCUUGACCUUAUCGACGAAGGCGAGCCAUAUACGGAAGAGGCCGCCGAGAGAGAUGCGAGUGUUAUCAUGCGAAUCGAGGCCGAAGUCGAACCCGGUGGAUUGCUGAGCGAGGAACGUUCUACGCUAUUUGUCCCAGAACCCGCCGAGGAGCCCCCGCGACAAUGGGCACAUAUGGAUCAUCUUGUCAAACAGAUGGCAAAUUUCCGGAGGUUAAUGCUGAUGGAACACCAAAGACACAAGGCUACGGCAAAACGAUUGGCUGAAGCCUGUCGGGACGAGUGGAUACGUCGCCAACCCAAGACGGCCGAGCAAAUCGAAGCCGAGGCUAGAGCCGCGUGGAUAAGUCGUUAUAAGUCUGUUAUCAAGGCCGUUGGCGGAACGUGGGAGAAUGUCAAGACCGAAGUUAAUCGCCGCCGUCUAGAAGAGUGGGAGGCCGCUGAACAAAAGCGUGUAAAAGCCGCUUUGAAUGAGGCCGUAAAUAUGUCAGAGCUCAAGUUGCAGGCCCGCCGUGCCCAUUUCGAUUCAGAGCUUGUAUCUGAUGAAGACGAAGAGCUAGAGGACUCGGACGAAGAAGCCGACGACGAAGACGACGACUUAGCUUCUAUCGAGGACGUCUCUUUAGACCAAGGCUCCGACGAAGACGAGAACGAGGAUAACAUGUCUUCGUCUGACGACGACGACGAUGCAAAAUCAGAUAUUUCAGACGAAGGCCUUACACAAGAACAGUUGAGGAAGAAAUAUGCAAACAUUCCAGAUCUCCCGGUAGACGAACCAACGACUAGUCUUGACGGUGAUCAACCCGCAGCAGGGUUAGACGACCAAGGCGAAACCACCGACGAGUCCAUCGACAUGGAUGACGACUUAGGAUCAAGUGAUGAGAAUAUGGAAAGCGACGAGGACGAGGGCCAAUCUGAGGACCAGGACGAAAAUUCCGAAGACGAAGAGGAGCCUUCCGGGCUACUAGGUCUCUUCUUCGGCAAAUCCGAGCUGAAGAAAAUGCAGCAAGAGGCAGUCGCUGAUGAACCGUCAUCACCUCAACGCGAUACUGAGAUGACAGAAAUCCCGGAUGCUACGUCUGUUGAUGGGGCGCCCAUCCUCGAUGAGGCUAUAGCCGAGAGGGAUGUUGAAAAGAGCACAUUGGCAGAGGCAACAGAUUUACAAGAUAAACAACCUCUAGUGAACGGAAAUAAAGGUCUUUCCCCAUCAUCCACAUCUAACCAAAAUCAUGCGCCCACGCACCCGCCUAACACCGUAACUGUAACGACCGCACCGGGGAACCCUUAUGAAGCUAAUAACCCUGAGGUCCCCGCUCCAGUUCCAGAACCUCUACAAGCUCAAGAUGUCGAAAUGGAAAUCAUUGAAGCCGUUGAACAUGUUAAGAAGGACGUCAAGGCGAACACGUCAAUCGGUGGGGUCGAGCAAACAGCUCCAGCAAUGCCAAGCGUUGAGAUCGCAAUUGUGCCAACAGACCAGCCACAGACAAGUCCGGAUACGGAAGCAAUCACGAACACUCCUAGCCGUGAUCGAAGUCACACACCCCGGACAUCUGAUACCAAGCCCUCCGAGGUAGACACCACCUCUCUUAUUAAGUCUGGUGCGAGCAGGUCUAAUUCACCUCAGUACCAAGUGCCAAGGACGGAAGUUCCCUUUUUACUUCGAGGAACGCUACGAGAAUACCAACAUUAUGGCUUAGAUUGGCUUGCUGGUUUAUAUAGAAACCAGACAAACGGCAUUCUCGCGGACGAGAUGGGUCUUGGCAAAACCAUCCAAACAAUUGCCUUAUUGGCCCAUCUAGCUUGUCAUCACGAAGUAUGGGGGCCGCAUCUAGUCAUCGUCCCAACCAGCGUAAUGCUGAAUUGGGAAAUGGAAUUCAAGAAGUGGUGUCCUGGAUUCAAAGUAUUGUCGUACUAUGGGAGUAUUGAUGAACGAAAACGCAAACGUCAAGGCUGGAAGACAGAUGAUAUGUGGAACGUGUGUAUCACAUCGUAUCAGAUCGUCUUGCAAGAUCAACAGGUUUUCAAGCGCAGGCAAUGGCAUUACAUGAUCCUGGAUGAAGCUCAUAACAUCAAAAACUUCAAGUCGAAGCGCUGGCAAACGCUACUCACCUUCAAUACGCGAGCGCGACUAUUACUUACCGGCACGCCGUUACAAAACAACUUGACCGAAUUAUGGUCACUGCUGUUCUUCUUGAUGCCAUCUGAAAAUGGUGUCGGCGGGUUCGCAGAUCUAGCAGAAUUCCAAGAUUGGUUUCACAAACCUGAGUCCCAGAUAUUGGAGAGUGGUCGGGAACAGAUGGACGAUGAGGCUCGUGCGAUCAUUGCCAAAUUGCACAAGGUGCUUAGGCCAUAUCUCCUGCGACGAUUAAAAGCAGAUGUUGAGAAACAAAUGCCAGCCAAAUAUGAACACGUCGAAUUUUGCCGACUGUCGCGUCGACAACGUGAGCUAUAUGAUGGAUUUUUAGCUCGUACGGACACUCGAGAAGCGUUGUCCUCCGGUAAUUAUAUAUCGGUCAUCAACUGUCUCAUGCAAUUGCGCAAGGUCUGCAAUCACCCCGAUCUUUUUGUCGAACGUCCAAUUAUGACGUCUUUUCGACAACGCAGAUCCGUCUUGUCCAACUAUGUUGCAACUGAAGAUAUGAUCCGGGGGAAGCUACUUGCUGAGAAACCUAUGAGUGUUGUCAGCUUAGAUUUCCUCAACUUCAUUCCGACACGACACGAGAACCAGUCUAAAACAGUGUGCGAGCGAGUUUCUGAAUUAAACGCCCAUCGUCAACUAAUAGAACGCCGCGCAGCUCAGGAAAUCAGAGCUCAAAACGCCCGAGUCAAUUUAGACCUUUCAACUGUGGAAUCUGUUCUCGUGUGGUUGGAAAGCGCGAAACGAUGGGAUCGCUUUGAGGAGUUGCGGCAUUGUGUCUAUGUUAAUGCCAUCAGAAGACAACAACGCCCAAUUUACGGCAAACAACUCACGGACUUUCUAACACUUGGUGUAAAUGACAGGCCACAUAAAGCUCGUCCUAAGGUUCCACAGAAGAUCAUGAGUUGGUUUGAAGAAGAUUCGCCGGUGUUACGGUCAAUGGUCCCGACGCUCGACCAACGUGCUGCGUCGAUGAAGACUACUAUCGCUAAGUUCGCAUGUGUCACGCCGGCGGUUGUCACUCGAGAUUUUGACCAAAUUGUCCUUGGCACGAGAGGCGUUGAGGCUUUUGACGAGACGAAUCUGCGAUUGGCGGCUCCAGUACGUUAUGCCCCAUUCAUGCAGAAAGAGGCUCCGAUCGACCCGUGGCAUGAAGCUCGCAUGCGACUCAGCAUUCAAUUCCCGGAUAAAAGACUUCUCCAAUAUGACUGUGGUAAACUCCAAGCCCUUGAUCGUCUACUACGAAAGUUGCAGUCUGGUGGUCAUCGUGCCUUGAUCUUCACGCAGAUGACGAAAGUGCUCGACAUUCUCGAACAGUUCCUCAACAUUCACGGGCAUAAAUACCUACGACUCGACGGUGCGACGAAGGUAGAGCAACGGCAAAUUCUCACAGACCGCUUCAAUCACGACACCAGGAUUUUAUGCUUCAUAUUGUCUACACGAUCGGGUGGUCUUGGUAUUAACCUGACUGGAGCUGACACUGUCAUCUUCUACGACCAGGACUGGAACCCCGCAAUGGACAAGCAAUGCCAGGAUAGAUGUCAUCGGAUUGGCCAGACGAGAGAUGUCCACAUAUACCGACUCGUGAGCGAACACACCAUCGAAGCAAACAUCCUACGCAAAGCAAGUCAAAAACAAAUGCUAGACGAUGUCGUAAUCCAAGAAGGUGGCUUCACAACCGACUACUUCAAUAAGCUUUCUGUACGUGACGUUAUUGGCGCCACUCCAGAUGAAGGUGAUGUAGUCGGUGAUGCCAUGGAUCGUGUCCUCGGUGGUGUGGAGAAUAGCGACCAGCGAGCUGUCGGCCGAGUCCUUGAGCAGGCCGAAGACCGCGAGGACGUUGACGCCGCUCAUGUUGCUGAGAAAGAAAUACAAGAAGAUGAAGCCGACUUCGCCGAGAAACCGGCGACCGCAAGCGCAUCUGGGACCUCUAGCGCAAGAGUAGGUACACCGGUCACGCGAGAUGGUUCACUCGCACCAGGCGUUGGGAGAUCAAACCUUGGGCUAUUCUCCGAGUCGGCAGACGUGGAUCACGCACUUGAGGAGAUCGAGAACAAUGCAUGGGGCGAAAAGAUACAGACCAUCGAUGACUACAUGCUUGCUACUAUGCGCAAGCAGCUUGAGGGCACGGCUUUGGAAUUACCAAAGGACAAGAAGAAGGGCAAGAGCAAGAAGGGGAAGGAUACUCGAAAACGCUAGUAACGUACGCAUGAUCUUCGAAACCGUUCGCUUCGCUCUGCUCAAACCUUUGGUUAAGGCGUUCUAGCUGUAUAUUUCGCCCACCAUUUGCAAUUACGAGGUUUGAUGCCGGCUAGAGAUAAGACUGCUGUUUAUGCCUACCUGGUACCUAAGAGCAUUACGAGAGUACAUAAGAACCUAUAAAAAAGUCGAUGACGAAUAUUGGGGAUGGAAAUAAAGAGGGGGUUUGCAUUGCAUAUCUGGUGUUCUUGCGAGCGGUGAACUUUAGGGAUGAAAGACGGCGUAUCGAAGGAAAUUCUUUUUUUGCAUCGAUUCGUUAGGAAUGACGCCCGAGUGCCACGAUUCGGAGUCAAGGUGUUGCUGCGUUUUAUGGAAAUAAAAAUCGAAGAGAGCAACGAAAGCUAGAAACCCUCUUGUACGUGUAGGAAACAGAACCACAAAUACAGAUAGUAUGUAUCUGGUGGUUACUAGAUAACUCAACGACGAAAAGACGAGAGAUGACCGCUCGGGGCGGGAUUCGCCACUUUUUUACACAC